ACGAAGUGUCGGCUUUUAGUUUCCUCCAAUUUUUUCUUCUCUCUUCAAAUCGCAGGGCUUUUUUAAGCUCUCCCUCUCUCUCUAGAACCCUCACUAUUCUUUUCUUUUGUUUGUUUAUAUGGCAUCUCAAGCCUGCCUCCUCCUUCAAAAACAGCUCAAAGAUCUUUGUAAGAAUCCGGUUGAUGGGUUCUCGGCCGGAUUGGUUGAUGAAAACAAUAUCUUUGAAUGGAGUGUUACAAUUAUCGGACCACCUGAUACUCUUUAUGAAGGGGGAUUUUUCAAUGCCAUCAUGAGCUUUCCGCCCAAUUAUCCAAACAGCCCUCCAACAGUGAAAUUUACAUCAGAGAUUUGGCAUCCUAAUGUUUAUCCUGAUGGGCGUGUUUGCAUAUCAAUUCUUCAUCCUCCAGGUGAUGAUCCAAAUGGUUACGAGCUUGCAAGUGAGCGCUGGAUGCCAGUCCAUACAGUUGAAAGUAUUGUAUUGAGUAUCAUAUCAAUGCUUUCAAGCCCUAAUGAUGAAUCUCCUGCGAAUGUUGAAGCUGCUAAGGAGUGGAGAGAGAGGAAAGAUGAAUUUAAGAGAAAGGUUGGCCGCUGUGUCCGACGGUCGCAAGAAAUGUUGUGAUCAAUGAUGGCUGUUGCUGCUGUUCCUUCUCUAGAAUAUAUGAACUCGUGGAAUGCCUUAAUUUUUAUCAUGUAGGGAGAUGAGUUGCGGCUGAUUACACCGCAGAGUCCUUGUGAACCUAGGGAGUGCCUUAAAACUUAAAGCCCCCCUUCCCUUCGUCUUCCCUUUCCCCGUCUCUUUCUAUUUUUAUUUAUUGUGCUUUUAAGUGGUAGUGUUCUUUUGUAUUCGAAAGCGUUUUGGUUCUGGUUUUGUUUAGUAGUGUUUUGAGUAGCAGUCUCUCAUAUCAUCGUAACGUCUGAUUCGUGACUGUAACUCUUUAUUUUGAUGAACAAUUUGUCUUUUUAUUACAUGCUAUUUAUUUA